ACUACAAGUUCCAGAUUUAUCAUUGCGGAAGUAGUGCAACAAAACACUGCUUGGUUGCAGCAGCACCGUGGUGAAGAUGUCUCAUGUUGUGAAGAAAAGAAAAUUAGACAAAACCCGCCAGGACAGACUUUACUUUGACAGCUAUUCCGAUGUGACUAUCCACGAGGAAAUGAUAGCGGACCAAGUCCGAACCAACACGUACCGGACGGCAAUCCUGAGAAACACUGAGUCCAUUCGGGGGAAGGUCGUACUGGACGUCGGUGCAGGAACCGGCGUUUUGAGCGUCUUCUGUGCACAGGCCGGAGCCAAGAAGGUGUACGCUGUGGAGGCCUGCUCCAUCGCCGAGCAGGCUGUGAGGAUAGUCCGACAGAACAACCUCCAGGACCGAAUAGAAGUGAUCCGGGGCACGGUGGAGUCCGUGGACCUACCAGAGCAGGUGGAGGUGAUAGUGAGCGAAUGGAUGGGUUACGCUCUCCUGCAUGAGUCCAUGCUCAACUCGGUCCUGUAUGCACGCGACAAGUGGCUGAAGCCGGGCGGCCUCAUCCUGCCGAGCAAAGCCGAGCUCUACAUCGCACCGGUCAGCGACCCAGUGGUGGAGGACCGCCUACACUUCUGGUACACCGUCAAAGACCAGUACGGCGUAGACAUGUCGUGCAUGUCCGACUUCGCCCGGAGUUGUAUCAUGAACUCCGACAUCACCGUGAACUCGGUGUCGGUCGAGGACGUGCUCUCGCACCCUGCCCGCUUCGCUGAGCUCGACCUGUAUUCGGUGACCACGGAGGAGCUGCGUUCGGUGAAAGGUCAGUUCAGGUGCGAGUCGUUCGGCUCGGCGGCGGUGAAUGCUUUAUGUGUUUACUUCACGGUGACUUUCAACUGCCCGGACAAGCCGCAUGUGCUCGUGCUCUCGACGUCCCCGUUCAAACCGGAGACGCACUGGAAGCAGGCGGUGCUGUACAUGGACGCUCCGGUGGAUGUGGUGCAGGACACCGUGGUUACCGGAGAGGUCAGCAUGUAUCCCUCGGAGGAAAGCGCCAGACAUAUAUGUAUCCAUGUGGACUACACCAUAGGAGAGCAGAAAAGACAAUCCAAGACUUUCACCAUUCCCGACUGGAGCUGCGAGGCUCAGCCGUAACAUGUCACUCACAUUCAAACAUGAACGGUUUCGACUCCUCUCUCCAAAGUCACAUUUAGUGCGUGUGAGAAGACACACAAACACACAAUGGCUUCUACAAACGUUACGAAUGUGAAUUGCAGUACAUGUUCUCAGUUUGGAGAUGACAAUGUUGUGACAACCACACCUAGAGAUGUUCCAAUACCAUUUUUCCCUCUCCAUACCUGAACUCAGCUGUAUCAGUUGAUACCAAUCCAUAGCUUUAAAAACAGCCGUGUACUACGUAUGAGUAGGCGAUGUGGCUCAGGUUAAACCUUUUGUAAAACAUGAACAGAUGAAUGGCAUGGAAUCUUUCUUUUAUUAUCAAAUCUGACUGUCAGUCACGCAAAAAAAAAAAAUACAUCUAGGAAUAAAUAACUCUUCCUACACUAGUUGUCCUACCACUGUCGCCACCCCUCUGAAUUAAAGCCUUGUAUACUGAAAACACUGCCCCCUCUCCAGUGUAACACGUUGCCAAAUUGGUGAGAUUUUGCUAAGAGCCAACGUUACACUAUUUAUCAGAAAUGAAUUAUUUUUUGCUGCUCUAGAGCAGUAUUUGCCAGUGGUGCCACAGCGCAACUUCCUGUGUAAGCUACUGAAGAAUAAUUGAUUUCCGGGAAAACGUUUUAUCCAGGUGUGAAAAUAUAAAGUUUAUAAAUAAAUUAUUUGGAUCACUUGGAUCAGUGCAUAGACUUGCGCACUCAACAAUACCUGAUCCAGUAUUUGAGGCAGUAUUUGAGGUACUAGUAUUGGUAAUGGAACAACUCUAUUGACACCUAAACUGAGAAGAUGUGUACAUCUGUAACACUUUUUCUAUGCAUAUUUAUUAACCUCAUUUAACAAGGUGAAAAAGUGCUUUGAAAGUCACUACUAAUGUGUUUGCAGUGCUUACAUAAGUGUUUUUACGUGAGAACGCUGCAGUCAUGUUGAGUCUGAACAUUUUUGUAUUCAUAUCACAGUGGAAAUGGCAUUUGAAACCGUAUUUAAGCUUCACAAGAGACUAAAAGUUUCCUGAAAGUCAGAUGAGUGGAAUAGUUUUAGGUGGGCGUGGAGCUUCUUGAGGCAGGUUUUAUUGGAGGUUUUACAAAGCUGAUGAAUAAAUUCAACGCCACGCUGCAGACAUCUGAUAUUCUAAUAAAUUCAAUCAUGCAUAUUGUGUGGAAUCUGAUCAAAAUGCUGCAUUCAGAUGAGGAUUAGACCAAUAUAUUGACUUGGACUUGCUGUAGUGAGGCAAGAGGCUGCAUCAUACAGGAGGUGCUUGACUUUGGCUGCUAUUCAGUUUCUUUUUAAUGAAGGACCAAAUUGGCUCACUGUCAUCUGUUGACAGAAACUACUGACUUAAUUAAAACUUAGUCUACAUUUGUUCUUCAACAUUCUGCAAGAUAACAAGGGUUAUAUUGUUUGUACAACACUGUUUCCUCUCUGGCAUCAUCGGCACUGCCUUGCUAUAUCCAAGGGAGCAGUAACAAUAAAGCAUAUGUCUUUUUUUUUUAAAUAAAAGUUAUUAGUUUGAUGGCCCCAUUUAAUAAUUUAUCACUGAGAAUUUAUUGGCCAAAGUGGUAUCUGGUCACCGAUGAGUCACUGAUUCACAACCCAGAGUCAAUGCACAGUGAGUGGGUUUGCUGCAGCUUAUGUUACAGAGACAGAGUUUAGUGAAGUAACACCUCUGUGUGUAAAAGAGAAAAUGUUUGUUUGCCAACUGUGUUCAUUACUAAACAGAUGGGAACUAGACUGUAAUAAAUUGUUUGAAUUUU